AUGUCCCUCACUCUCGCUCGCCCGGCGCUCGCCGUGGCGCGUACAGGCCUGGGGCUGUACCCGGGCUUUGGUCUGGCAGUGGCCCCCUUCGCAGCAGGUCGAGCACGUCCCGCCCCACCUUGGACUAUGAGCCUUGUCCCGCGACAGCACCACACCGCAGCGGCUCUCCAUGCACCACCUCUGUAUAUCCCAUCACGGCGCGCCUUCACGACGGCCACCACCCCCAACCCCUCGUCAUCGACUGGCUCCGGGUCUGGCUCUGGGCCCGGUCCAGAAGAACACAAGUCGGCGUACCAGCGCUUCAAAGACCUGACCAAGACAUACGGCUCGUACGCCAUCCUCAUGUAUCUCGCCCUGUCCGUCGUCGACUUCUCCCUCGUCCUGGCCGUCAUCCACACCGUCGGACGCGAGCACAUCGAGCCGUACGUGCGCAAACUGGUCUACACCUGGCGCAAGUUCCGGUACGGGGUCGAGGGCGCCGACGCGCUCGAGGCCGCCGACGCGGCGCGAGUGCUCGCCGACGUGGCCGACGAGGCGGCGCAGGACGCGAUUGCGACGGCGGGAGGAAAGAAAAAGCCCCAGGAGAGGUGGUGGCAGAACAGGACGCUCUGGGCCGAGGCGGCGCUCGCGUACCCGAUCCACAAGAUUGGGCUGCUGCCCAUCCGCGCCGGGCUGACGGUCGCGUGGACGCCCAAGGUGGUCCAUUUCCUUCGGAGCAGAGGGUGGAUCGGGACUUCUGGCGCCAAACGCGCUGCUCAACAUGGUGCCGGACGCGUGCGCGAUGCAGGACAGAGAGCCAUGACCGCGGCAAAGGGUGCUGUCAACCGCAACAAGUAG